AUGAAACAAUUAAAAUUACUUGAUAUUGGUGAAAAUCAAAUUGGUGAUGAAGGAGCCAAAUCAAUAAGUGAAAUGAAACAAUUAACAUCACUUGAUAUAUGUUACAGUCGAAUUGGUGCUGAAGGAGCCAAAUUCAUAAGUGAAAUGAAACAAUUAACAUCACUUGAUAUUGGUGGAAAUGAAAUUGGUGAUGAAGGAUCCAAAUAUAUAAGUGAAAUGAAACAAUUAACAUCACUUAAUAUUGAUAACAAUCGAAUUGGUGAUGAAGGAGCCAAAUCAAUAAGUGAAAUGAAACAAUUAACAUCACUUAGUAUUAAUAACAAUGAAAUUGGUGUUGAAGGAGCCAAAUCAAUAAGUGAAAUGAAACAGUUAACAUCACUUGAUAUUAGUGGAAAUGGAAUUGGUGAUAAAGGAGUCAAAUUUAUAAGUGAAAUGAAACAAUUAAAAUUACUUGAUAUUGGUGGAAAUGAAAUUGGUGAUGAAGGAUCCAAAUAUAUAAGUGAAAUGAAACAGUUAACAUCACUUAAUAUUGGUGAAAAUCGAAUUGGUGAUGAAGGAGUCAAAUCAAUAAGUGAAAUGAAACAAUUAACAUCACUUAGUAUUUAUAACAAUCGAAUUGGUGAUGAAGGAGCCAAAUCAAUAAGUGAAAUGAAACAGUUAACAUCACUUGAUAUUAGUGGAAAUGGAAUUGGUGAUAAAGGAGUCAAAUCAAUAAGUGAAAUGAAACAAUUAACAUCACUUGAUAUUAGUGGAAAUGGAAUUGGUGAUGAAGGAGCCAAAUUUAUAAGUGAAAUGAAACAAUUAAAAUUACUUGAUAUUGGUGGAAAUGAAAUUGGUGAUGAAGGAUCCAAAUAUAUAAGUGAAAUGAAACAGUUAACAUCACUUAAUAUUUAUAACAAUGAAAUUGGUGUUGAAGGAGUCAAAUCAAUAAGUGAAAUGAAACAAUUAACAUCACUUUAUAUUUAUAACAAUCAAAUUGGUGUUGAAGGAGUCAAAUCAAUAAGUGAAAUGAAACAAUUAAAAUCACUUAAUAUAUGUUACAAUGAAAUUGGUGAUAAAGGAGUCAAAUUUAUAAGUGAAAUGAAACAAUUAAUAUCACUUAAUAUUGGUGGAAAUGGAAUUGGUGAUGAAGGAGUCAAAUCAAUAAGUGAAAUGAAACAAUUAACAUCACUUAAUAUAUCUAAGAAUCGAAUUGGUGCUGAAGGAUCCAAAUUCAUAAGUGAAAUGAAACAAUUAACAUCACUUGAUAUAUGUUACAAUGAAAUUGGUGGUGAAGGAGUCAAAUCAAUAAGUGAAAUGAAACAAUUAAAAUCACUUAGUAUUCAUAACCAACAGAUGUUUAAGUAA